AUGUACAUAUGUGUGUAUUUGGAUGUAUCUCUCUGUCAAGUGCGCACUUUGGACUCUUCUUUUGUUGACUUCUCUAUUCAGCUGGUCAAUUUUCGCAUUCAUAGACUGAACGCCCUGUAAAGUAGUUGCUAAAAAAUAAUACUGAUUGAUAUCAAAUAAAUUGCAGAAGUUAUAAUGAUUAAUACAGGGAAAUUAGCAGGACGCACUCUUUUCAUAACCGGUGCUUCACGAGGUAUUGGUAAAGCUAUUGCAUUGAAAGCAGCACGCGAUGGUGCAAAUAUUGUAGUUGCUGCCAAAACUACCACACCACAUCCAAAACUACCAGGUACGAUUUAUACGGCGGCUGAAGAAAUAGAGAAGGCCGGUGGUCGUGCGCAUCCCUGUGUUGUCGAUGUACGAGAUGAGCAACAAGUGCGUUCAGCUGUUGAGGAGGCUGUAGCGUUAUUCGGUGGUAUUGAUAUAUUGAUAAAUAAUGCUUCAGCCAUAUCGCUAACCAACACGCUAGACACGGAUAUGAAGCGUUAUGAUCUUAUGCAUCAAAUUAACACACGUGGCACAUUCCUCGUAUCGAAGGAGUGUCUGCCAUAUCUAAAAAAGAGUAAUCAUGCGCAUAUUUUGAAUAUUUCGCCACCUUUGAAUUUGAAUCCCAUAUGGUUUGCCCCACACGUCGCCUAUACAAUGGCCAAAUAUGGCAUGUCAAUGUGUGUUUUGGGUAUGGCAGAAGAGUUUCGUUCAGCGAAGGUCGCAGUGAAUGCUUUGUGGCCACGCACUGCCAUACACACGGCUGCUAUUGAAAUGUUAUCAGGACCUGAUAGUUCAAAUGUAUCGCGUAAAGUAGAUAUAAUGGCUGAUGCUGCAUAUGCAGUUCUGGUGCGUGAGCCUACUCAGUGCACGGGACGUUUCCUCAUCGAUGAUGAAGUGCUCACCGAGUCUGGCAUAACUGAUUUGAAGCAAUAUGCUUGUAAUCCAGAGUAUGCUGAUAAAUUAAUGCCUGAUUUCUUCUUGGAUAUCCCAGAAAGCGAACUUAAUGCCAUCAAGGAAGGCAUGCAGCAAACAAAAGCCGCUCGUGUAGCCGCUGGUCAGAUACCUGCCUUAUUUGUAAAAAUUGAAACAUUAAUUUCACCUGAAUUAGUACAAAAAACGCAAGCAGUUUUUCAAUUUAACAUCGAAGGUGAAGAAAAGGGUACAUGGCAUUUAGAUUUGAAGAAUGGAUCUGGUUCAUGUGGCAAUGGUGAACCAAAGGUCGCGCCUGAUGCAACGCUGACCAUGAAGGCGAAUAACUUUCAUGAUAUGUUCUCAGGAAAAUUGAAGGCUGCAAAUGCGUUUAUGACCGGUAAAUUGAAAAUUUCUGGCGACCUGAGCAAGGCAAUGAAACUGGAAAAGCUAAUGAGUUCAUUGAAAUCGAAAUUAUAAGAUUUAGUAGUGUAUGUAAGAUUAGAUAAUUAGUAAUAAGUCGCAUUUUUUGUAUUUGAUAUCUAUGGUUAUAAAUAUAGAAAAUACCUACGAUUUUGAAAAAA